GGAAGUGCGUCAGAUGUACGGCUCGAGUAAAGUGUCAGCCGUCGACAGAGUCGCUUGUGAUUCACAGCCAAACGUUAGUCUUGAUCGGGCAUUUGUGUUGACAGGUUGACGCGUAACUCCUUUUCUCUUGCACCCCCACCUACUAUGGCAGCCACCGACCCCCGGUUGUCGAGUGACGGCGGACCGAGCAGCAGAGGAGGGUACCCAAGUGGGGAGAGCCGCAAAGACCGCGACGGAUCGGGCGGUGGUAACGGGGAAGACGACCGGGACCGAGGCAAUUUCGAGUGCAACAUUUGUUUCGACACUGCUAAGGAUGCUGUCAUCAGUAUGUGCGGCCACUUGUUCUGCUGGCCCUGUCUCCAUCAAUGGUUGGAGACGAGGCCUAGCAGACCACAGUGUCCUGUGUGUAAAGCCGGUAUCAGCAGAGACAAGGUCAUCCCACUGUAUGGACGAGGGAGCUCCAGUCAGGAGGACCCUCGGUUGAAAACUCCCCCACGGCCUCAAGGACAGAGAACCGAACCAGAAAGCAGAGGCGGGAUGUUCCAGGGUUUCAGCGACACCAGUUUCCACAUGUCGUUUGGCAUCGGCGCUUUUCCCUUCGGCUUCUUCACGACCGUCUUCAACGGCAACGACCUUUUUCACAGAGCAGACCAAUACCCAGGUGAUGCUGCCCAAGGCAACGGCGGUAACGGAAAUCACAAUUGGCAAGAUUGCCUCUUCCUGUUCGUGGCCGUUUUCUUUUUCUUCUGGCUGCUAAGCGUGUGACAAAGAGGACGAAUGGCGAAGAUGGACGGACAGAGGGGAAGGGAUGGGUCACUUAACCUGAGCCACAUACACUCAUGUCUUUUUUUUCUUCCUGGGAAGAGCAGUUGUUCACAAGAAGCUUCCAAUCUGCCUUUUGUUAAUAGAAACAGUGAAAAGCAGCUGUUGAAUUACACUGUACAAAUAAUCAGUCUGUCUUUAGGGGGUCAGAAGAAGAAGUAUUAUGUGGUCAGGGUGACCAGAAGUGAGUGUAAUUCACCCCUCUACCCGCUUCUCGAGGCCCAGGACAGUGAUGGAAGAGCACUGGCUCCAUUGGUUACCAUAACAACCUUUUUCUUGCCUUUAAAAGGCCAAAGAGUAGCAGUCAUUGGGUGUGUGUCGAUAUAUUUGUCUUAAAAACGACUGCCAGUGCACUGUGAUGCCAUUUAAACCUGUCCUCAUUUGUUCCAAAAUGGUUUCCUUCUACCAAAGCUUCCCAAAAUAAGAGCAAAUGAGUAGAAAAAGCGAAAUCUCAAUGAACCAUAUUGGGAAAAUGAUUUCGGGCAGACACGCAGCAGUUCAGUGAACUGUGCAUCAUAAACCACAUCCUGUAUGUCAGAGCGAGUGAUCCAUUUGUAUAAAGAUUUGUAAAUGUUUUUUUCUUGUCCUUAUAAAUUCACUUGUAGCAAAUGCACUGAUAACCAGAAUGCUUUUUCUAAAUUUUGCCACAUUUUCUGCCAGUGUGUACCAAUAAAAAAUAGGAGCUUGGCUAAUGUGAGACUAAGCAAGACAUUCAAAUUUCUAUCA